UUCUGUGACUAAGCUUCCUUAAUUUGGAGAAGGAAGCCUUUGGGGAAAUUUUUUGGGGCUUUCCUUUAUUUCAAAGUUUUGAUGUAGGAUGUGAUUCAUGGACAGAAGAAGGAAAGCGUCAGAAAAUUGUGGAUUUUUAGAGUUAAAUCUAGAUCUAUGUUAACUGUUUAAUUGUAUCAUACUUGUAUGAGAAUAUCUAAGAGUGUCUUUAUAUUAGCGUGCGUAAAUUGUAAACCCAGACUCCCAGAGUAGAGAGCCAAGGCCAAAACAAAAUUGCACGCUUUCAUCACAAGAGUGCUGGAGCAUUUGUUCAAGGUGAACGCUACACUGUUGGCCUAUCGCGGUGAAGGCACACCGGACAUGGCUAAUGUGUUUAAGAAAAGACAACAUGAGGUCCAGUUAACUGGGACAUGAGCACACAGCAGGUUCAUGGAAAUGAGUUCUCAUAAUUCAUCCACAAAAUCCUCAUUUUAUGAGGAAGGCCCUUCAGAUCUGGUGCAAAAACUGACUGCAGCUAUCCAAGCUGGUGAAAAUGACAAAGCGACAGAACUGGUGGCAGAACUAACCUCUCGUAAGCUCAAGUUGGACAUUGCUGUGCCUAAGGAAGACAACGAGAUUAGAGCCAAGGAGAAUGAGUUCAGCGUCAAAGUUCAUGUUGAAGACCGUGAGUCUAAAGGCUGUAUUAUCAACAUGAUGGUCAAGUCUUGCGAUACAGUGGGUGACCUGAAGAGGAAGAUGAUGCUUCAGCACGACUUCCCUUUGGAGGUUCAGCGCUGGAUCAUUGGCAAGAGGAUUUCCAAUGACAAGGAGAAGCUGUCUCACUGUGGGGUGAAGGAGGCCGGCCACACUCUCUACCUCUACCUGGUAACAGCACGCUCAGUGGGGCUCACCCGCCAGCAGUACGACUUGCACAAACAGGCGGCAUUGCAAGGAGUGCCAAUAUCUGGACAGUCGCUUUUUCAUCGAGAGAGCUCAUCAGAUCAGUCCAUGUGGAAUUUGCACUUGGAUGGGCAACUGCAGUGCUUCAAUGGCACAGCAGUCAACACUCACUCAACCUCCUCAGCAUUGAACAUGGCUGAUCUAAGUCAAGGUCAGCCCUCACCGGUAGCAGUUUCGACCAGUCCAGGCUCAAGACAUUCCGUCAGUGGGGGUAGUUUGAAGUUGCAGGAGAUGCUGGCAUCAGUUCCUGCCUCACAAGCCCUGAGUUCGUCAAGUGGACUUGCCUUUGACCCCAGUGAAGAUGAUCUUAGCCCAGCUGUCAGUCCAUUAGUAAUGGCAGGGCCUAGAUGGUCACGGGCAAGUCGCUCCCCAUCUCCUGGACCGAGCUCACCAAAGGAGACACAGUCAAUAGAGCAAGUAGGAUGGAAAUGUCCCCGCUGUACCCUGAUCAACCUCCCCAUGCGACCUGGCUGUGAGUUGUGUUCAGGGUCAAGGCCAUCAGAUUACCAUGUGCCUGACGGUUACCAGCCAACUGCUGAGGAGAUGAAGCUAAUGGAGAAUGACCAGCGUCUGGAACGUUUAACUCGUGAGGCAAGGCAGAUGCAGCUGGUGGCCAACUACCAGUCCCACCUGGCUUUGGAUGAGCUGGACUUGGUUCCGAACCCAGAACCCUUUCUGUGCCCCAUCUGUUUUGACGAUUUCGGUGAGGGUGAGGGCAUUCUGCUGAGAGAUUGCCUCCAUGUGUUCUGCAAGGACUGUUUGACUGGUGCAGUCCAACACAGUGAUGAGGCGGAGCUGCGGUGUCCCUUUCAGGAUGAUCAAUACUCUUGCCAGGCCCUUCUGCAGGAGAGAGAAAUCAGGGCAUUGGUCCCCCCUGAAGUGUACAUGAAGUUUCUCCAGCGAGGCCUCAACCUAGCAGAGACGGCAGCCAAAGACUCCUACCAUUGCAAGACCUCCGACUGCAUCGGCUGGUGCAUCUACGAGGACCUCGUGAACUUUUUCAAGUGUCCUGUCUGUCAGAAAGAGAAUUGCCUCACCUGUAAGGCCAUUCACGAAGGUUUGAACUGCAAGCAGUACCAGGAUGACAUUCGAAUUCGGGCCAACAAUGACAUGGCUGCUCGACAGACCAAGGAAAUGUUGGAGGGUUUGGUAGAGCGAGGCGAGGCCAUGCACUGCCCCCAGUGCGGUGUGGUUGUGCAGAAGAAAGAUGGCUGUGACUGGAUCAAGUGCUCCAUCUGCAAAACAGAGCUAUGCUGGGUCACCAAGAUGGCACGAUGGGGCCCAAAAGGCAAUGGGGACAUCACUGGAGGCUGCCGCUGUCGUGUCAACAACACAAAAUGUCACCCGAACUGUAUCAACUGUCACUGACAUAAGCAUCAGCUGUCACCAGUACCAGCGUCUGCUGUCAGUGAUGUCAAUAUCUACAAUAUUGUGACAGCCUAUGGUUGGAAUCAACCAGUCCGGAAAAUUUGUCUCUAAGGUCAACAUGAUUGUCAACUGUGUCAAUAUAUACUAUUGUAUAUAUAAUGUAUUGUUUACAUCGACAUCAAGGGUUUAGGAUGUCAACGCCUUCUGUCAGUAGUGAACGUCAUUAUUAACUAUUUACUGACAAACAAGAUUUCUGUAAUUCGUCAUGUCCAUAAAAAUACAAUGAGAUAGAGAAAAUCAAGGGAGGUAAAAAAGAACAUUAAAACAAUUUACGUGGUUGGCUCCG